AUGGCUAACUCCAGCAUAGACCUUGGCGCCCUUACAGAGGACCAACAACUCGCACUCCAGCAAUUCACAUCGGUGACGGAUCAGAACAUAGAAACCGCCGUACCUCUCUUGCGUCGAUGCGAAUGGAACCCACAGAUAGCCAUUACCCGCUUCUUUGAUGGCGACGCAGACACGGUCGAUCCUGCUGCCGAGGCUGCACGAGUCGCCCCGCCGGCUCAGAAUAACCGGAGGACGGAGACUUUGAUGGAUGGCAUACCUUCGAGAUCAUCAUCACGGAGGAGAGCAGCUGGGUUGGAGCCUGCACCGAGAGUGGUUCCAACACCGGAAAACCAGCUGUCGCAGCCGCUGCCUUUUCCUUUCUCGAUUAUCUUCCUGCCUUUCAGCCUGACGUACUCCGCCUUCCAGCGACUGUUCGGUGCAGCUGGCUACCUCUUCCCCUUCCUGCCACGAUUGCUGGCACGAUUCUGGUCUGGCAGAGCUUCUCAGCCUUCAAGAGAUGCACGGAGAAGGCCUCUUGGGCCAAGGGAUACAGCCUCGCGCUUCGUAAGAGAAUUUGAAGAAGAGUACGGUGUCACGCAAGGCACUCUGCCGUUCCAUGAAGGCGGCUACGCUCAGGCCUUCGAUGUGGCUAAGCGUGAUCUCAAGUAUCUCCUGGUUGUUCUGUUAUCGCCUGAGCACGAUGAUACGUCCGUAUUCGUGCGGGAGACGUUACUUUCCAACGAGUUCACAACUUUCGUGAAUGACCCAAGCAAUAACAUCGUGAUAUGGGCGGGCACUGUCCAGGAUGCUGAAGCAUACCAGGUCAGCAGCGCUCUGAACGCCACUCGCUUUCCUUACGUGUCGCUGAUCGUCCACACACCUUCGGUCUCAUCAACUGCAAUGUCGAAGAUAGCGACUGCGACAGGCCCGGUGGCCGUUCCGGAUCUUCUCUUGAAAAUGCGAACGGCAAUGCAGAAUCACGACGCAGAACUAGAACGAGUGCGGAGUCAACGGCGAGAACAGCAGGCCACUAGGAACCUUCGACAAGAACAGGAGAGUGCGUAUGAGCGGUCAUUGGCACAAGAUCGAGAAAAGGCGCGGCGGAGAAAGGAGGAAGAAGCUGCAAAAGAGAAGGCUGAGCGUGAGGAGCGAGAGAGGGCGGAACGCAAAGCAGACGAGGCUCGUAUGCUCGCCCAAUGGCGGAGAUGGAGAGCACAGCGCAUACCAGCGGAACCAGGAGCACAGGUGAAAGAUGCAGUGCGGAUAAGUUUGCGUCUUCCAAACGCUGAGCGUGUGAUACGCAAGUUUCGGCCGGAAGCAGAUCUCGAGGAGCUCUACGCGUUCAUCGAAUGCUAUGAUCUCCUUGAAGACGAUUCGGAGAAAGAGGUGCAGGAGCCAGAAGGGUACGAGCACACAUACAAGUUUCGACUAGUAUCGCCAAUGCCGCGUGAAGUGUACGAUUUGGAGAGCGGAGGCAGCAUACGAGAGCGCAUUGGACGAAGCGGAAACCUCAUUGUUGAGAGGAUCCUGGGCGAGGAUGAAGAAGAUGAGGAGGACGAAGCUGACGAAUAA